AUGAAGUGGUGGUCCACGUGGAUGAUUCCACUCCUUCUUCUAAUUUUCAUGUAUUAUGAAUGUGAUGCAAAGAAGGGAGGACGUGGAUCAUCAUCGUCAGCGGUUGGAAGACACUAUUCUAGAAGCAAAUCAUAUUUUACUAGGAAAUUUUCAAAACCAGGAUCCAUCGAGCACACUUCAAGUUUUCGAUCAUUUGUCUUUGGGGCAACAUCCGGUUUGCUUUUAUUCAAUGCUGGAAGACACAUCAUUCAAGACUCGUCAGUGCCUAUUUCCUUUGGAAAUAGGAAAUACUACUGGGGCGAGCCGAAAUAUGUGCCAGACGAAGAGCUUCCAGUUCAAUGUAUCAAUAAAAUAGAUCCUCAAGAUCCGCAGUUCGGAAGGGUUUUCUUUGAUAACGAAUCUCGACCACAAGAAAUUGUGUAUGCCUGUCCAGCUGAUAACAAUUGCUGUGGAUAUGAUUGUUGUACUGAAUCAACGAUUUUCACUUCUAUUUUUGGCCUUCUUGUGAUCCUUCUCAUCGUUUCUGUCAUCAGUAUUUUCGUAAUUGAAGGAUUCCGAUGGUGUCUUCAUUUCACCUAUUUCUGUAAACACGGACAUGCUCGUGACUUUGAACCUCUCAGCAUCUGA